AAAAUAUUAAAGUCAAUGGCAGAACAAGACAUCUACACAAGAGAUGGUACAAUUGAUUUUCAUGGCAAUCCUGCAGACAAGAAAAAAACAGGAACAUGGAAAGCUUGCCCUUGUAUUCUUGGAAAUGAAUGUUGUGAAAGAUUGGCAUACUAUGGGAUAAACACAAAUUUAGUUAACUAUCUGAAAUUCCAAUUGAACCAAAGCAGUGUUGAGGCUAUCAACAAUGUCACAAAUUGGUCUGGCACUUGCUAUGUCAUGCCAUUGCUUGGUGCUUUUUUAGCUGAUGCCUACUUGGGAAGAUAUUGGACAAUUGCAAGUUUCUCCAUCAUUUAUGUUCUUGGGAUGACAUUGUUAACAUUAUCAGCAUCAGUUAAAGGACUAAAACCAUCCUGCAACCAUAGCAAUGUUUGUCAUCCGACAGGAACAGAAACUUCAGUAUUCUUCUUAGGACUAUACCUUAUAGCAUUAGGGACAGGAGGGAUUAAGCCUUGUGUCUCUUCUUUUGGUGCAGAUCAAUUUGAUGAUUCUGAUGAAACAGAGAAGAAACAAAAGAGUUCUUUCUUUAAUUGGUUUUAUUUUUCAAUUAAUAUUGGCGCUCUUAUUGCUUCUUCUAUUCUUGUUUGGAUACAAACGAACGUUGGGUGGGGGUGGGGUUUUGGUAUCCCAGCUGUGGCUAUGGCAAUUGCUGUUAUGAGUUUUUUUUCUGGGACUAAGUUUUAUAGAAACCUGAAACCUGGAGGGAGUCCUUUGACGCGUACAUGCCAAGUGAUUGUUGCUUCCUUGAGGAAAUUUAGAGUACAAGUUCCUGAUGAUGAGUCUCUUUUGUUUGAGACGUCUGAUGAGGAAUCUGCUGUCAAAGGAAGCAGGAAGCUUCACCACACAAAACAACUAAGUUUCUUUGACAAGGCAGCAGUAGAAACAGAAUCAGACAGAGUAAAAGGCUCAAUACACCCAUGGAGACUAUGCACAGUAACACAAGUAGAAGAACUAAAAUCCAUAAUUAGAUUACUUCCAAUAUGGGCAACAGGAAUAAUUUUCUCUGCAGUAUAUACUCAAAUGGGAACCUUAUUUGUUCUCCAAGGCAACACUAUGGAUCUCCAAAUCACUUCUUCAUUCCAAAUCCCUUCUGCCUCUCUCUCCCUCUUCGACACCGUUAGCGUAAUCUUCUGGGUUCCAAUUUAUGACCGUAUGAUCGUACCAAUAGCAAGAAAAUUCACAAAACAAAAAAAUGGGUUCACCCAACUUCAAAGAAUAGCAAUUGGGCUAGUCAUAUCUAUUUUUUCAAUGGCAGUGGCAGGAACCCUGGAAAUGGCCAGGCUUCACCAAGUCAGGAAAUAUAAUUACUACGAGCUUAAGCAUAUUCCAAUGUCUGUAUUUUGGCAGGUUCCUCAGUAUUUUAUUAUUGGAUGCGCAGAGGUUUUUACUUUUGUUGGGCAAUUGGAGUUUUUCUAUGAACAGGGGCCUGAUGCUAUGAGAAGUCUUUGCUCUGCUUUAUCACUCACUACUGCUGCUCUUGGGAAUUACUUGAGUACAUUUUUGGUGAAUGCUGUGACAGAUUUCAGUACAAGAGGUGGUAAGGAGGGUUGGAUUCCUGAUAAUUUGAAUUAUGGGCAUCUGAAUUAUUUUUUUUGGCUUUUGGGUGGUUUGAGCUUGGUUAAUUUUGGGGUUUACCUUUUGGUUGCCAGGUCUUAUACUUAUAAGAAAACUAUUUAGGUUU